AUGCUAAACAAUAAAAAAGGAAAAAAUAGGUUACAUGAAAAUGAAGAAAUAUCUGUAGGAACAGCGCAAAUGCAGAAAAAACCUAUUACAAAUAAGUUUUCACAAAUGAUGACUUGUUCGCAUAGAAAUUCACGCGAACAAACACCUACUUUUGAGAAAGACCAAGAAACUUUGUCAACCAACCUAUCAAUAAAUGAUGUUAACAUGAAGCGGAGAAAAUCAAUUGAAUUGUUAACAAGUGACAUAGAUAUGAGGAGCAGAAAAUCAACUGAACGAGAGCCUGUAGACAUGGAACUUGAUAAUGAUUAUUUUGAUGAUAUCUUCGGAGAUUUUGAAAAGAUCAUGGUUUAA